AAUUGACACUUUUUUAAGAAAAAUAAACACCAAAUAAAAACAAUUCGCAACAAUAAUAAAAAAAUUCAACAAUUUCACAUAAAGACGAAAUUACGAAGCAUUUAUUAAUUGCAAGAAGCAACUCCCAGAAUUCAGACCUGUAUUCACCGGAAAGAGCAUCUUUUCUAUUAAAUGCUUAAAAUAAAUAAGGAAAGAGAACUGCUACUACACUAUUCAUUCGUUUAAUUUUGUCAAUACAAAACGAGCUCAUGGCUUUGUCAGCUGAAGAUAUAAUAAUACAAGUAAGACAAAAACUGAGGAGUUUGGGUGUUAAACUUUGGCUUGAACCUUAUUAUUUUGAAGAAAUUGGUCCUAAUGAAAGCGAACUCGAUAUUUUAGCCAAGGAGUUUUCAGAACAUUUAAGUAUACCAUGGACAGACUGUAAAAUUGCGUUAUGUGAGCUCCAAGAUGGAGCAAUUGAAAAAUUGAGAGCACGGGCUCUUUCGGAACAAACAGGAGAAGUAAUCCUUAAAGCGCAAGUGGUGAAAAAAAAAAAUCAAGAUAAUGACAAUUUUCUCGUUCUAAACUUGAAAUAUCCUCCCACAAUCUUAGGAGCUAAUAUUUAUGAAGAUAUAUCUCAUAAACUCGAGUGUGAUGAAAAUAACAUAAAAAUUAUAAUUGGUGGAAAAGUUUUGCAAAAAGAAAACAGUUUAAUUUCACAAGGUAUUAAAAACAAAGCUCAAGCCAUUAUUUUAGUUAGCACUGAAGAAAAUUCUAACAUACAUGAGCGAGUAAGAAAAGCAAAAGAAGAUGCUUUUCUAAUAUUAUCUUCAAAAAACCAGGAAUUUUUGACUAUGGAGGAUCAAGAUGGGAAUUUAUUACAUUUACCACCCAAUGAAAGAAAUUCAAUAAUACUUGCAUUAGCUCUAUACGAAAAAGGUCGAAGUGCCUUAAAAAGACGGGAAUACGAAGAAGCUUUAGUUUUAUUUUUAGAAUCAGAUGAAGAGUUUUCAUCCUGUCAAUCUGAAAUUUUGAAUAAAGUAGAUAAUUAUGCCUUACUGAACCUGGAUAUCGUAUGGUGUUAUUUAUGUUUGAAGAGCUUUAGUUACCUUCAAGACGCUGAUAGAAGGCUAAAAAUAUGCCAAGAGAAUUUUGAAAGAAGUUAUGGUAGCGAUAUGUGUCGACUUUUUAAAUUGAAAGGAAAUUUGAUCGGGAAUGAACGGGCUUUAGUCAUGCGGUUUCAUUUACUGCAAGGUGUUCUUUAUUAUCAUCAAAAUAAGCGCAAUGAAGCUUAUGAAAAGCUUUUGGUAGUUGAAAGUGAAAUAUCACAAUUAGAAAUAGAUGAAGAAAAGUUGUUAAGCAUGUUAAAUAUGGGUUAUGAUCUACUGGAAACUAAAAUUGCUUUGAGAGCAUGUUAUAAUAAUAUAAAUGAAGCUAUAAAUUUUAUUGCGGAACGCAAAGCAGCUAAAGAACAAGCACGGAAAAGGGCUAAUAAAGAAUUGGACAUCGGCAAUAAAAUCAGAAAACUGGAAGGAAGCGAAUGGGUCAAUCCAAAAAGUGUUACUACAUUAGUGGAAAUGGGAUUCGUGACCGAAAUCGCUAUCAUGGCAUUGAAAAAGACUAAUAACGAUUUAACACAAGCUAUCGAUUUAAUUCAAAAUCAUGGAGAAGCUUUGAAAGCAGAAAUACCAAAAGUUGAGCCCCAGUGUGAUCUUGUCGAUGAAUUAUGCAGUUUAGGUUUCAAAAAAGAAAUGGUUGAAACCGCUUUGAAAUCGUUUCUGAACAAUAAAGAGGAAGCCAUUGAAUUUUUGUUAAAACUACAUUCUGAAGAUGAUUUUGACAAUAUUUUACAAGUUAUAGAAAAUGAAAAUUCAUUAUGUUUCAAUGAAAAUGUAGCUGGACCUUCCACUGAUAACAAAUGUAAUGUUAUUUCUAUUGUUAAAAAGCAAAUCAAAAAGGAGAAGGAAGCUAAAGAAGCGUAUGAAAGAUUUGCUGAAGAUGUGUCAAAUGUAGAAGACGAAUAUCUAGAUAUGAAUUUCGUAGAAGAAAAAAAUAUUGUAAAAGAAUAUAAAUUACUUUUAACUAAAUAGUAUAUAAUGAUUUGAUUUUGAAAAUUAAAAUUACGGUGUGGUUUUUUAAUUAUAAAUUAUAAUUAUUAAUUAAAACGAUUCAAAUGAAAUAUUUUUAAUAAAUAAUUUUUUUUAAAUUU